AUGAAUGCUCUUUUUCGCAAAGGGUUCUUCCUCACAAUCUCUCCUUGUGAUGCAGCAGAACCAUGGCAAUUAGGAUCUCAAGAUGCAGCAACACCUAUGAUGCAAGGAAUCAUCGACUUACAUCACGAUAUCUUUUUCUUCCUUAUUCUGAUUUUGGUUUUCGUAUUAUGGAUCUUGGUACGCGCGUUAUGGCAUUUCCACUAUCAAAAAAAUCCAAUCCCACAAAGGAUUGUUCAUGGAACUACUAUCGAAAUUCUUCGGACCAUCUUUCCGUCUAUCAUCCUUAUGUUCAUUGCUAUACCAUCAUUUGCUCUCUUAUACUCAAUGGACGAGGUAGUAGUAGAUCCAGCCAUUACUAUCAAAGCUAUUGGACAUCAAUGGUAUCGGACUUAUGAGUAUUCAGACUAUAACAGUUCCGAUGAACAGUCACUCACUUUUGACAGUUAUACGAUUCCAGAAGAUGAUCUAGAAUUGGGUCAAUCACGUUUAUUAGAAGUGGACAAUAGAGUGGUUGUACCAGCUAAAACUCAUCUACGUAUUAUUGUAACAUCUGCUGAUGUACCUCAUAGUUGGGCUGUACCUUCCUUAGGUGUCAAAUGUGAUGCUGUACCUGGUCGUUUAAAUCAGAUCUCUAUUUUGGUACAACGAGAAGGAGUUUACUAUGGUCAGUGCAGUGAGAUUUGUGGAACGAAUCAUGCCUUUAUGCCUAUCGUAAUAGAAUCGGUGGCGAAAAAAGAUUAUGCUUCUCGGGUAGCCAAUCAAUUAAGCCCCCAACCCGGCGGUACUUGGGUGAGGGCUAACGAGCCAAAAUACAAGGAGCUCUUUACCCUUGUGAUAGGAGUCCCGUGCAAUUGCCGGGACCGGUUGUUCCACCCGAAGCAGCGCCGGUACCUCAACCGGUGGUGGUAA